AUGUCGGUCAGCUCGGGUCAAUCGCUCCAGCUGGCCGACUACCUGGAGAAGCUGCCCGGCACGACCUUUAGGAAGCUGUACCUGCAACCCUCUACGGCCUUUGCCAUCUUCCGCAGGAUGAUUCCGCCGCUGGCGAAAACCAUCGUCAUGGCUAUUCUAUACAUGCCGCAGCCUAUGCUGCUAGAGGACCUCGAUGUUUGGGUCAAGCCGGACUCAAGAAGGCAAAAAGACCAGGCAAUCUCGACCCUUCGCAGCCUGCACAUCCUCCAAAUCACACCUCCCUCCAAAGAACGGCCACAAGAGAUGCAGCUCACGACAAACUUCAAAAACUCGCUACGGCUCGCACUCGAAGGCGGCGGAUCCCACAACUCCUUCGGCGUGCCCUCCUCCCUCCCCAUCCCGCCCGAAAUCACCGUCCCGUUCCUCGAUCGCUACGCCCGUCGCAAGUGGGAGGACAUCCUCCACUACAUUGUUAACACCGUGAACCCCGGCGGCGCCGACGUCAGCGGACCUAAGGCGUCUGUUAAGGAUCUGCUCGCCGCCGGUGCGCUCGUACGUCGCGCCAACGGUGCCGUCGGCAUCACACAGGCCGGCUUCACCUUCCUCCUUCAAGAGGCCAACGCCCAGGUCUGGACGCUUCUACUGCUCUGGCUCGAGGCCACCGAGCACGCCUCCGCCGUCACAGGAAUGGAGAGCACCGACGCUCUAAGCUUUCUCUUCCUCCUCGCGAGUCUCGAGCUCGGCAGAGCCUACGACACCCAGGCCCUCACCGAACCACGGCGCAAUAUGCUCCCCAGUCUCCUCGACUUUGGCCUCAUCUACAUCCCCCAACACAAAACCCAACAAUACUUCCCGACCCGCUUGGCGACGACGCUCACGAGCAGCUCCAGCGCCCUUCGCAGUGCAGGAGCAGGCUUCUCCGCGGCUCUCGCCGCAGCCACUGGCCCAAGACCCUCUAACGGCCUGACCCCCGGCGGAAGCGAGGAGAACAAGGGCGGCAGCAUUAUCGUCGAGACGAACUACCGCAUCUACGCCUACGGCCAGACACCGCUCCAAAUUGCCGUCCUCUCACUCUUCUGCAAGCUCAAGUUGCGUUUCUCCGACAUGGUAUCGGGCCGCCUCACUCGUAACUCGAUUCGCAACGCCGUCGAGCGCGGCAUCACAGCCGACCAGAUCAUCUCGUACCUUGCCGCCCACGCCCACGAACAGAUGCACCGCAUGGCCGCGGUACGGAACCGGCCCGUUCUGCCGCCCACAGUUGUCGACCAAAUCCGGCUGUGGCAGCUCGAGACAGAACGCAUGACGACCACGAGCGGCUUCUUGUUCCGUGAUUUCGACAGUCCUAGGGAGUACGAGGACAUUGCGGGCUACGCGGCAGAGAUUGGCGUAUUGACAUGGCGCAACGAUAAGCUUGGCAUGUUCUUUGCUAGCAAACACGAGCAAAUUAGGGACUACCUCAAGUUGAGAAAGAAGGCUGAGGAUUAG